CAUUCAUAUGCAAUUAGCCAGCCCCACAAGGCAGAACAAUGUUAACGUAGAGCUCUUAGAGGAAAUAGACAGCAGAAAAGCCUGACAAACAUCCUUCCCAUACGACCAGGAAAAAAAAAGAUAAUGACACCUGGAACACGCAGCUAGUGCAAAAUGAAGAGCUAUGGUAAGCUUUAUGCCAAUGCGUGGAAAUCAUUUAAGCCCUUGCAAUUUAUCCUCUUUGUAUUUGCUAUGGGACUUGUGCUUUUGUUCCUCUACAAUCCCAGGCAAUUGAAUGAGCAGCCCAGCUCACAAAGAAUCCAGUUUUCCCAUGAUGUGUCUACAUUGGAGGUCACUUGUGACAUAUUGGCCGCAAAGGGAAAAUCUUUCAUGUGGAGAAAUUUUUUACCAACGUCUAUUAAGAAACUGAAAUGUGCGGAUGGGUACAAAACGCAAAACCAUUUCAUCACAGCUCCUCUGUCGGAGGAAGAAGCAGAUUUUCCUUUAGCUUAUAUAAUUGUAUUGCAUAAAGAAUUUGAAACGUUCGAGAGACUGUUCAGAGCCAUCUAUAUGCCGCAAAACGUAUACUGCAUCCAUGUGGAUGAGAAGGCAAGCGCGGAUUUCUUGCAGGCGGUAAGUGAUUUAGUGGAUUGUUUUCCUAAUGCGUUUUUCGCCUCGAAAAUGGAGCCUGUGGUGUAUGCCGGGAUAUCGAGACUCGAGGCGGAUCUGAACUGCAUGAAAGAUCUCAUGAAAUCAGAGGUGCAAUGGAAAUAUGUCAUCAAUGUAUGUGGACAGGAUUUCCCUUUAAAGACAAAUAAGGAGAUCGUAGAGCAUUUGAACAAAUUUAAAGGGAAGAAUAUCACGCCUGGGGUGUUGCCCCCCCGUCAUGCCAUCCAUCGGACUAAAUACUCUUACCGUGAGGAUAUUGUACAUUCCAAAAUGAAAAGGACUAAUACCUUGAAGCCCCCUGCUCCGCACAACAUCACUAUUUAUUUUGGCACUGCGUAUGUUGCGCUGACAAGGGAGUUUUCUAAGUUCAUCAUGGAAGACCAGAGAGCCGUAGAUCUUCUAAAAUGGUCAAAGGACACUUACAGCCCCGAUGAACACUACUGGGUGACACUGAAUAGAAUUCCAGAUUUUCCAGGGUCCAUGCCAGAUGCUAAAUGGGAAGGUAAUCUCAGAGCGAUAAAGUGGAGUGAUGACAGCGCUCACGGUGGUUGCCACGGUCGUUACGUCAGACAAGUUUGUGUCUAUGGAAUAGGAGAUUUAGAGUGGCUCUUCAACUCAACAAGUCUAUUUGCCAACAAGUUGGAAUUGACAAGUUAUCCACCUACAUUGGAGUGCCUAGACGUGAGAUUACGGCGCAGGGCUUUGGAUGAAAGAGAAACCAAAAUACAACAACACUGGAUCUUUUAAUCACUAUGAUUAAAAUCACAAAAGAACAUAACAAAGACUGUUACUGUGAAAAGUAUCAAAAACGGUUUGUAAAAAUAGAUGAAUAAUUUAAUUAAUAAUUUACAUUUUUUUUCUUAAAAAAAUAAAAAAAAUCUAAUUUACCAAAUAGUAUCAACAAAUAUUUAUCACACAUCAAAAAAACUAAAAAAAAAAAAUGAAAGGAUUACUGGACGGUAAACAGGUAAAUAAACAGAUGAAAUACA